UGUCCGGAGGUCGUAGUCGCCUUCAUCUACUGGACCUGGGAAGCUGUGAUGUUAAAGUACUCGGAGGAGGAGGUGGAAAAAGCAAAGAGAACUCUUCACCAAGCUCAGCUCCUCUGUGUCUUUCUCUGUCUGCUCUUGGAAACGUGAUCCUGGCCCUGGUCAAUGGGAGCAAGCACAUUCCAUACAAGGACAGCAAGCUGACCAUGUUGCUAAGGGAGUCGCUAGGCAACAUGAACUGCAGGACCACCAUGAUUGCUCACAUCUCCGCCUCACCCAGAGAUUUCUCAGAAACCCUCUCCACCAUCCAGAUUGCCUCACGCGUCCUCCGCAUGAAAAAGAAGAAAACUAAAGUAACUGUGCAAUAUACAUCAAGCUCCUCUGGAGGAGAAAGCUCCUGUGAGGAGGGUCGCAUGCGUCGUCCGACCCACCUACGACCUUUCCAUCACCGUGGUGACACUGACUCUGAACUGCCGCUGCUAAGACUAUCCAGUGACCCUGACGAGUACUCGAGCAGCGAGCAGUCUUGUGACACUGUUAUCUACGUGGGCCCAAAUGGGGCGCCUGUGUCCGACAGAGAGCUGACAGACAACGAGGGACCUCCAGAGUUUGUGCCGAUUGUCCCAGCUUUGCUCCGAGGGAAAACGCCUGAGCACCAUCAAACACAUGGUCACGGUCAAACAGCUGGAGUCCAGAACAAGUCUCAGAUAGACGAACAGGCCAGCGGCCCAGCCCAACCACAGCCAUCUCAGUGUCUGGUAGGUCAACCGUUGGCCCCUGUCCCAGAGGAAGGAGCUGAAUGUCUCAAAUGCAACACUUUUGCUGAGCUGCAGGAGAGACUGGACUGCAUUGACGGCAGUGAAGAGGUGGCAAAAUUUCCUUUUGAAGAGGUUCAAACGAGCAAACCAGGUGCCAAACUAGAGCCAUGUCCUUCCUCAUGUACUCCUGGCUCUGUAGAAGGGCUGGAAACAGAGGCCAAAAUAGCAGCAGCCUCUAGGAGAAGAAGCAAUGACCAGCAGCUUCAGGAGAUCAAGGAGGUGGUGGAGGAGGCAGAACUGGCCCAGACAAUGAUCCACAGCUUAGCUCAGGCCACCGGCUCCCCAUUGGUCACCAGUUCAAGGAGCAUUACUGGAAGCAGUAACAUCUCCCCCAACCCCUUACACAGAGCCAAGAGCUCUCAGCUACAUAACAGCUGUGAAAAUGUAAAUGUAGUCGGUAAUACUGAGGUGAAGGGUCGUCCUCUAGGAUCACCACGCUUGGGCAUCGCAAGCCUGACAAAAACUUCAGACUACAGGCCUCCUUCUUCCCCAUCACAGCGAUGUAAGGUGUACACUCAGAAGGGUGUGACUCCAGCAACACCCUCAGUGUCCUCACACACCCUAGCUCAGGAUGGCCAGGCUACCGAUGCUUUGACCUCUGACAACAGUUUGGCUGCAGACAGUGGCCGCUCCUCCACAGAGUCCGUGCUUUCCAGGACCUCUCCUGCAGGCAUGAGCCCACAAGUCCGAGAGCCAACUGCUUCCCUCUCUGCCAGCCUUGGCUCAGCUGAAACACUCUGUGAUGAUGACGUCCCACCGAUACCUCUAGAUUUGCAGAAGGAUGCAGCAGCAUCUUCCGUAGCACAAAGUGGGCAACAGCUGCCUGGAGAUGAUGGAGUUGUGUACACAGCAGCCUGCAGAGAUGAAGAUGUAGUUAUCAGAAAUCUUGUUGAAGACAGAAGCUUGGUCUGUCGUCCAGUGAGCAUCAUAAGCUUUAACAGCGGCUGUGGCUCCGAAGCUGCCCACGCUGUAGAAGCCCAGCCCCAUGACCCCAGAUGUGAUGCUGCUUUUGAUGGAGACAUAGAACAUUACCACUUGUCCUCAGGUCUCACAACAAACACAGGAGUUACGGAAGUGGUUGCAAUGGCAGAGGUGGCAAUGGCCAAGUUGCGGACCGGUGACACUUUAGCCAGUGGGAUGUCAAACUCUGGUUCAACUAUGUCCUCCUGGAUGAGCGAUCUCAGCAUGUGCAGUGAAGCGGAUCAGUCUUUGCACAGCUUCAGCCAGUCUCAAAGUCAGCAAGGGGAGGCUCUGGCUGAGUCUGAAGGCAGCCAAAGCUUCGGAGUUGAAAUUCUUAAUGAUUAUGAGAGUGGAGGAAGCCCAAGAACAGAGGAUCUGGUAGGGGACCUUGUUCUGCCAGAGAAGUUGGAUAAGGCCCCCCCAAACAGAGACAAACAGGGAAAACUGCCACCAUCUAUGGCAAAAACUAACAUUCAGAUAUUAGUUGGUCCUGGAAAUGUCUCCUCUUUCAAGUCUACCAUAAGUGUUCACCCUUGCAUGGUUGUCAGACCCAUGGUCAUACAUGAGCCAACAAUCCUAUCCUCUCCAAAAAAGACUGCCUUUAUGAAAGACCCAGGCAAAUCUAAAACUGAACUUUUAGCCCCCAUUUCCAGUGAGAUAACCUUUGAAGACCCCUGGUUGAAACGUGGGAUGGAGGAAGGGAGAUCCAAAGAACUUAUCUGUGAAGUUAAACCAGAAAAGAGGGAAGUAGAACCUUUAAAGAUACAUGCCAACGAUUUCUGCAGGGAUGGUGGGGAUCAAAGUAGUUGUGGCUCAGGAGGUGAUGCGAUGUCCUUUACAGACUCAUUCAAGAGAGUCGUGGAUGGUUGUGAGAUGAUCUCUGUGGCUGUCCAAGGUGAUGGCUGCAUCCAAGACAUCCACCGCACAGCCAGUCUCCCCCGCGGUUGGCACCGUCUCAACCACCACGAUGGCUUAGAAACUGGAACAGAGUACCGCAAUUUUGGAGUCACCAAUUCAACACCUUGCAGUCCUCGAGCCACACUUGAACGUACUGGAUCCAAGGGAAGGCAAGGAUUCUUCUCCCACAAGAAGGGGGGAAUCCCACCUCUUCCACCAAUACGGAAAUCCAGCCUUGACCAGCGAAACAGAGCAACCAGUCCUCUCCCCCAACCCAAUCAUGGAGUGUCAUCGCUGAGUAUCAUUGCAGAUGGUACAGGGAACACUAGACAACGUGGCUCCAGCAUAGACAGUAGCAGACUCUUUAGUGCCAAGUUAGAACAGCUGGCCAACCGAACAAACUCUCUUGGCCGGGUCCAUGGUUCACAAGGUGGGUCUCACCAUUAUGACUGCUUCUCCCUGGAGAGAGGUGAGAGCCUCAGGGGGGGAGGUGUUAGGGGGGACACCACCAUGCCUCGUACUGGCCGCAGCAUCACCCGCACCAGCUCAAUAUCAUCUCCCACCGGAAACCCCGGCAGCCCCAUUUUCAGUGGCAGUAGCAGUCCAAACAGUGCUCCACAAUCACCAGCUAAGGGCAGUGGCCAGUCAAAGAUCUCAGCAGUCAGUAAGCUGCUAAUGACCAGCAGUCCUAAAUCUCGGAGUCUUUCUGCAUCCAGCACCAAGACACUGAGCUUCUCCACCAAGUCAUUAACCCAGACUAACAGCCGCAGCUCCAGCCUUCCUCCCAAUGGAAAGAAUUCAGUCCAGACUCAAGUUCAGCAGCAGCAAGGAUCCACCCCUGGAUCAUGGUCUACCCAGUCCCUGAGUCGCAGCCGAGGGGGAAGUCUGACAGCCAAACUGCCUUUGCGGGCUGUUAACAGCAGAAUCUCAGAGAUCCUCCAGGGAAGUGCAGGAUCCCGUACCAGAAGCCUUGUUAUGGGAGGAGGCAACGAUCGAACAGAGGAAAGAGGAUCUGGAGCAACAAGUGGAAGUGGAGCAGAUGGAGAUAAUCAGGGAGAGGAGAGGGCAGCUGUGGUCCAAACACUGCCCUCUCCUUACAGCAAGAUCACAGCCCCAAGAAAACCUCACCGUUGCAGCAGCGGCCAUGCAAGUGACAACAGCAGUGUACUUAGUGGAGAGCUGCCCCCAGCCAUGGGAAAAACUGCUCUGUUUUACCACAGUGGAGGCAGCAGUGGCUAUGAGAGCAUGCUAAGGGACAGUAGCGAGAACACAGGAAGUACCUCCUCAGCUCAAGACUCCCUCAGUGAACACAGCUCAGCCACCACUUCCUCCAGACGGAGCUCUAAGAGCAGCAAGAAAAACAGGAGCAACACAGGCCUCCAGCGGCGACGUCUGAUCCCAGCUCUGACCCUGGACUCAUCUUCUUCACCUUCUCAGCGCUCCUCCAAACAGGCCGUUACAUCCUCCUCCUCCUCCUCCUCCAGUCCAGGUGCAUGCUGGGUGGACGGCCCACUGGGGCCUCCCACACCCUCUAACCACUGGGGUGUAGCUGCAUCCACAGAAACGAUUGAGAUCAAAGUGUAUGAGAUCGAUGACGUGGAGCGACUGCAGAAGAGAAGAGACAAAGGACAAAGCAAGGAGGGCGUGUUCGUCAGUGCCAAGCUGCGAGGGUUGGAGCACCGCCAGCAGCGAAUCAGUGAAGUCAGAGCCAAGUACCAGUGUCUGAAGAAAGAACUGGAGCAAACCAAACAGCACUUGAUGCUGGAGCCACACAAAUGGACAGCUGAGUUUGAGCUGCAGCAGCCCUACGACUUGGACUCCAUGGAGUAUUUGGAAGCUCUGGAAACAGUGACAGACAGACUGGAGACCAGAGUUAACUUUUGCAAAGCACAUCUUAUGAUGAUUACCUGCUUUGAUGUUUCCUCAAGGCACCGGUAGAUGGAUUAAAGGCUGAAAAGCCAACAAGAGAAGCACAUUGAGAAAACAUUAUUCUAAUACUGGAUAAUGGAAAACUUGGAACAAGGAUCAUAAAGAGAGAGGGACCUGUUAUUCAUGCAAGAGGUUUAUACAUUACUCCGGAUGUAAGAAGACUCAAGGACAGAUCAGAUGAAUGAAUGAAGAGCUCAACGGAGAUAACUAACAAGGACCAAGCUCUUAACGUAACAUCGGUUGCAUUCUGAUAACAUCUAUUUAUCUGGUUCGGUGGAAAUGUUCAAGGGAGAGAACCAUUUCUACAACAAAUGAUUACACCAAGCAAACAACAUUAAAAAAACUAAUUUCAUGGUGCACACCGAGUUAAGAAUGUACAGAAAAAAAAGAGUCUGUACAUCAAAAAUGGCACUUUUUAAAAAGGACAAAGAAAAUGAGGAAGAAAGGGGCUGUAAAUGAGUUUUAAUGACAGAAAGAUGCUGAAUUGUUUUCCUGAGAGACAAAAGAAGACAUUUAAGAUAAGUGCCUUGAAAACAUUCCCAACACCACAAAGACCAACCUUUUCUGAUUUUUGUGUACAUUCAGUGGGUGCGGUGCUAGUAUGGGAGGAAAAAAUCCAAAUUGAUGUCCUUGGAAAUUCUCAGUCAUUUCUGAAUAUGAUGUUUUUUCUGUGGGUUUGUGUUUCCUAAAUCAAUUCAAAAAGAAAAAAAAAACAUUUUAGUGUAUUGUCAUUGGUUUGUUAAUGAGAGAAACUACUUUACUGGAACAAAAACUUAAGGGAUACUGAGAAUUCAGGUACAGUGUGUAAGUGCAGAGAGAGAGAAACUGUUUUUAAUGUUUCUGCCUGAUUUUGUCUCUCAAACGGUGCAAAUUGGAGUUUCUAUCUGCUGUACUCUGGAGGAUUCCUUUAGUUCAGUUCCUCCGAUUCUGAUGUGAUAGCUUUUUCAUGUUCAACAAAGAAAAGAAGUGUGUGAGUCACACAGGAGUGGAGGUGAAAAGAUCUCUCUCUGAUCCAGUUUUAAGUGCAUCCACUGACUGGUUGGCUGCCUGCUGAGUGACUGACCGUUAUUUGUAUUUGUGCUGUUGUGCUUUACUCUAAAAAAAAAAAUCUGAAUGAUUCAUGAAUAUGUUUUUUUUUUUCUUAAUAAGGUUUCCUUUUUUAUUCGAGGUAAAUGGGACCAUGUAGAGGCUGUGUGUGAUAAUAAAGAAAUAUUUAAGAUGCACUACAAGGAGAAAAUAUUAUUAGUGUAGUGAAUGCUAUUGAAAGAUAAAAUUUACAUCAAAGCAACUAAUUAAAUAAGAAUUUGUAUACAUUAGGGCAUUAGGACUGUGUUCAAUAAUUGUAAAGAAUCUAUAAAACUCACAGAAGAAAGCAUCUUAAAAUUCAUAGCUCUCUUCCUGGUUCCAUUUAUUUUAUAUGGAUAGAAAUGUUAAAAAAAAAUGUUAAUAUUAUCUAUGGUGCUUGAGAUGUUUAUUAUCUUAAUGUUUGUAAAAAAAUAUAGAUAGAUGAAAGAGCCCGUUUCCCCAUGAAAAGCAUAAGCUUUCUGUUUAUAUGCUUCGUCUCUCUUAUAGUCUACAGUCAUCAGCGUUGCUGUCCUGAACGUAACCCAUAACUCCACCAGUUUGCUGUGUUUUUACUCCUCUCACAUGAGGAGCAAAAACACCACAAUAAUCUAUGGGUCUGAUUAUUCGAAAGCACCUCAUGGUUUAUUUUCUAUUGGUGGUUUAUUGUUUUAUUAGACCUGCCAAAAGUUCAAAAAAAUUACAGCUGAAAAUAGAUAUUUACAUCUACUGCAUAGAAGCAAAUUUUUUUUCUUCUUUCUCUGACGGAAAGUAAGACAAAAUAUUCUUGUCAGCUCGGAUUAUAAAAGUUAUUUCCCUUAAGUAAAUUUGCUCUACAGUAAUAAUAGAAGAUAUAACAUUUAAGAGCACUUUAAUUGCUUUCUUUGAAGUUUUCGAAGUAAGCACAUUUAGAAACACAAAUCAAUAAACUUGUAAAAUAUUUGACAAAGCCUAGAUGGAUUUUAUGGCUUGGAAGGCUGCUCAAAAGUUUUAUCUACAAGAUUACAUUUGAAGAAAACCUGUAGAUGGAUUUUAAAACAAAAUCAAACUGCUUCGUUGUUUAAGAACAUAGGAAUUUAAAAAGAAAUCAGUAGAAAGGUGGCCUACAGACCAGACUUGGUUACACCGUUUGUUUGAAAAGGAAAAGGCCAAAACUCCAGCUCACUCUAAAAAUCCUGAGGAAGAAUACCAACAACAAUAUAAACAUUAAGGUUAAAAGGCACCAAAAACUUCUGACUUUGAAAUAAUGCUCUGUUUAUUUGGCAUUUACCAAGGGUUGUUUAUAACAAUGCAGACUGAUCUUGAACAGGAAGUGUUCAUUUUGCAAAUGUUUAUUAUGCACAAUGCAAAUAUCUAGUUAGAGCUGUAUCUGCCAUUUGAUCCUUGUAAUGCUCCUUUAGAUGAGAUAAAGCCAUGGUGUUUCUACAGUGCAGAGAUGUGAUAAAAGCCAUGAUUUUAAAUCAACCCCAACACCAAAACACUUUUGACAACCCCAUCACAACUAUUUUUUAAUGUAUUUGAUUUAAUGAGGUUUAUUUUUUUCUUUUUUUUAUCUGGUAAAGUAUUCUAAACCAAUCCAACUGUCAUGAAUCAAAGUUUAGUUAUUUUAAGCUCAAAGAGCAAAACUCUUAAUUAAGCCUUUUAUUUAUUUGCACCUUAUAAUCUUGCAGUUUCUAUGCAUUUAACAAAAAUGUCUGUACAUACUUUUUCCAAGUCCAUGCCAUAUAUGAAUUUAUAUACUGUUUAAACAUGGCAUAUAGCAACUCAUUUUUUAUUUUGUAUAUUCUUCUGUUGCUGUUGAUUUGAUUGAGUCCAGUUGUCUCUCUGGAGAGGGGGAGGUUCAAUGUUACAGGAUUUUUCCUAAAGCUCUGUUAACUGUAAACAAUUCAGUCUGUAUGUAGAUAUAAUUUUAAACAUAUUGAUGCCGUUUAUCACAGCAGAAUAAAGAUGAUAGAGGAAUUUUCAAUAGGUGUAGAUUUCCAGCUUUCAAA